GUUACCUUGAAGCCCCCUUCCUGUCUUAUGUUUCCUGAUCUACACCCAUCAUGGGCAGGGAAAACUUUUAGGCUGGAUCUGCACCUCUCCACUGGCCAGCCCUGGAACUUUUUUCCUCCUCAACUUUUGCUCUCGCCCUCCUGGACUUUAAUUGACCCUCUUCAGAGAACCAAUGAGACGGUAACCCUUUGGUAUAUUUUUCCUUUUUCUUCUUCAGGAGAAUUGAACAUCCAAUCCAGACACCAGGUGUAAUAUUUUUUGGUUGUGGCAGUGCUUCCUAGUAGGGGCUCUGUGGAUGGACUCAUCCUCGACGAUCAGGACUCAAACAGGAUAAGCUUGGUGGCGCUCCAUGUUAUUUUUUUUCACUACAACUUUGUUUUUUUGUUUUUUUUUGUCCUAAGGGAUUAAUUGCUGAAAUUACACAUUCAAACCAGCAUGACUGAGGGAGUCGAAGCGCGAUCCUCCACCACAACCAUGGUCAUAGAGAGCAAAAACGGGGAGGCAGGACAGCCCCUAGUCAGGGUGUCUAAGAGGACCGUGACUGACGACCUGUACACCACCUUCAGUUCCCCCAUGGCCUGGAUCCUGGUCCUAGCCCUGGUCGUCACCUGGUCCUGCGUGGCCAUCAUCAUGUUUGACCUGAUGGACUACAAGGGCCUCACAGGGGUCCCCCCACCUCCCGCUGUCAGGAAAGCAAUUAAGGAGGCAGGGAGGUCUAGAGGAAGCAUUCAGCAUAUCAGCUCGGACCCCAUGAAAAUGGUGAACGAGGCGGUGGAGGAGUCCACUGGCUGGGGCAACCUGCUUCUGACCUUUGCCUCCAGCCUGGUAGCACCUGAGGAGGAGGAUGAAAUCGAAGGUGAGCUACAUCCGGUGAAGAAAAAAGAUAUAGGAUGGUACAUUGAAGAGGAUCAUCAUGCUGAAAUUGAGAAGGGGGGAACAGAAGGUACCAUGGCCAUGCUUUCCAGGUUUAUAGCUGCAUUCCUACCAUCCAGAAAACAAGUAACGCCACCUGAUGAAGAAACAAUAACCCCACUUUCUGAAGAGGCUAAAGAGACUGAAAUAGAGGAAAAGACAGAAGAGAUCAAAGAAGCACCAGAAGAGGAGGAGACUGAGGAACCAUCUGCUGAACCAGAGCUGACAAUAGAGGAAGCUCUGGAAGAGGAGGUACUGGAGGAAGAGACACCAAAGCCCGAACCCCAGGAGGAGGUAGAAUCCAUCACUGAUACCGAGGAGGAGGAGGAGGAGGAGGAUGAGCUCGAGGAGGUGGUGGUAGCAGCAUUGCCUGAACCCGAGAAGGAGGAAGAGGAGGUAGUUCCUGAGCCCAAGGAGGAGGUAGAACCUGCAGUCGAAGAAGUAAAGGUCCAGCAAGCUGCUCCUGCUGCAGAACAAGUAGUGUGCCCUUGUAUGCAUUCAUCAAAACCAAAAGAGCCUGAAAGUGAGCCAACUGAGGAAAAAGCUAAACAUGUCAAGAGGAAAGUACCCAAGCAAGCUAAAAAGGCCACUCCUGACAGAAAGAAAGCAGAGCCCCCUAAAAAGGAACGAGUAGUGAGAAGUAAGAGAGAACGGGACAUGUGCAAGCCAGUUGAGAACACAAAAAGGAGAGAGGCUGCAAGGAAAUUGGAUUUAGAAGAGGCGAUCAGGAAGAGAGGUACAGUAUCCUUAAAUACAGUACUGGCCCAAGAUGAAUGACUUAGCCGUAUAUAUGUAUAAAGGAUAUAUAAAAUAUAGUUUCAAUUAUUCUUCAAUGCCCCUGAGCAGUACAGUGCAGAACAGUACAGACUUCUGUAUAGUUUGAUGGAUAAAGAACAAAUACAGUGCAUUCG